CUCUACGGAUGGAAAUGACCUCAUUACGCACAUUGCCUAAUGGAGGAUCACUAAAACCUGACAAUCUCCGCCAUUCUCAGAUCGGUAAGCCCGUGAAUUUUUGUUACUCAAAAUAUUUACAAAGUGCUGCAAUUUCCAAGCAUAUACUCAGACCAGCUUUGAGAUUCAAUUCGGUCCGUCAUCUCACUCACAUUUCCAGUACUCCUAUGGCUGAUUCUACUUCUAGGGUUGUACCGCAGCCUGAGUGUGGCGGACAUGCUAAAUCUGACAAUGUGAGUCCUAAUUUGACUGAAAUUAUAGUAAUCCGUCAUGGUGAAACGGAAUGGAAUGCCGAUGGCAGAAUUCAGGGGCAUUUAGAUGUCGAAUUAAACGACAGCGGGAGGCAGCAAGCUAUGGCGGUGGCAGCCCGGCUCUCUAGGGAGCCAAGGAUCUCUGUCAUAUAUUCAUCUGACUUGAAACGGGCACAUGAGACAGCAGAGACAAUAGCAAGGAGUUGUGGGGGUCUAGAGGUCAUUAAAGAUCCAGACCUUCGAGAGAGACAUCUAGGAGAUCUUCAAGGUAUUUCUCUCCGUGAAGCAGCCCAAAGCCAACCGAUGGCUUAUAAGGCUUUUCUAUCUGACCGGAGUGACCAAGUAAUUCCAGGAGGAGGAGAAAGUUUAGAUCAACUUUAUCAACGGUGCACUUCUUGUUUACAGAGGAUUGCAAAGAAGCACAGAGGAGAACGAGUAGUUGUGGUAUCUCAUGGGGGUGCAAUCAGAGCACUUCACAGGCGGGCUUCCCCGCAUAGGCGGUCUAAAAGUAAGAUCUGGAAUACAUCUGUCGGUAUACUUCACUUGUCUGAUAAGGAUGAUUGGACUAUUAAACUCUGGGCCGACAUAAGUCAUCUCAACGAGACAGGAUUUCUGGACUCGGGUUUUGGUGGGGACAAAACUUCGGGUUGAUUUUGCAUGCCACUCUCAACGUUCCGUUUGCUGGCAAAGAAGUACUUUACAUUGUUUGGCAUAAAUGAAAAUAUAGAAUUAUUUAUGUCACCCUGUUCGAUAGCUUCCUCACUAGAUAUAAUUCAAACCUCUAGAAUGUGGAUGAGAUGAUGACCUGCAGUAUACGUUUUGACAUUAUGUAGAAGGCUAGAUCCCUUCUGACUUGCAAAUGGGACAUUGCGCAUCUUUGAUAGUUGCCAUUCUCUUUGGUGGAAUAAUUAUUUAUGAACUUGCAGUAGUCAAUGUUUAUAGGAGAAGACAAAGGCUUUUGUUGAAUCAUUCGAGUGAUAAAGUCAUGCCCCGCGUAUAUAGUAUCUGCUUACCACAAGUUAGUAAUGUUUUUAUCAAUGUACAUUACAUAUGUA